CCUGAGGUGAAGAAGGUUUUUGGGGUCAGAGAGGUAAACGAGGAUAAGAACAUGUGAAAUGCAGAAAGUUGGAGUGGAAUUGCUUUGAAUGAAAUAACAUUAUCCCUGUGACUGUGUUUGGUCUGAUAGAAGAGCUGACAUGAAGAAUUUUCAUAUUCUGUCCCUGCCACAGCAGAAUCCUUCCUCUCAGAUCCAUGCUGAACUGGAGAUAUUUCCAUUUCCUUAACCUGCCCUCAUUUAACACAGUCAUGGCCCAGGCUUUUUUAUUCAUCCUCUUUGAGCAGCAGGAAAGUGUGAGUGAAGGUUAGAAGAACUGGGAGAGAAACUGCUGACAGCAAAGUGCCGUAAAAACCAGGACACAAAACAGAGGAGCUUUUUCAGUGACGUCUGAUAAUUAAUGAACAGGCGUCACACUGCAGAACAGCUUCACUUUGAAACAGAAAGCAACGAUUACAGUCAGAGAGAGAGAGUAACUGUUUAGGUGUUAAAUAGUUGAAGAGAUAAAUCGCUUCUCUCUGAGGUAUUUAUAGUCUCCGUUUAUAACUUGAUGCAGGAGUGAAUCAUUAACGGUGGUGUGGCUGUUGUUUAUUUAAGGUUGACGUUCACCGGUUACAAAAAGAAGCCUCUUUGUCUAUAAGGUAUAUUCUCCGUCUAAGUAACUCUGGGUUGGACUCCAGGUCAAAAAAAAAAAAAUUGACCAAAGUGAUUCUAUUUUAAUUGCGACUGCACCUACGCCUCGCAAUAGUGUAGCAGACAAUCUUCAAAACUGGUCCAUUCCAGUUUAAUUGAUACAGUAGGAGGCCAAAUGACAGAAAAGGCAGUCACUAAAAGCAACAAAAACAUUUUCUUCAUUUAAAACAAUUGCUUUUGGGAGGAUGAACAUGUGCACAACCAAAAAAGACAAGGCCAAAAAUUCAGACCUUAAGGAAUUCCUGACCUUGAAAGCAGCCCAGUGUUUCUUACAAGUCAGACAGUUUGUAAACUGUAUUCUCUCCACAACCAAGAGAAUAUCUGUCUCCAUAAUCAUACCUGGAACUACAGCUGCCAGAAAUUGUUUUUUAUUAUUAUUAUUUUACACAGUUACAAAGACCAAGCAGGUAAUAAAUUGUAAAAGAUAGCAGUUCAAUAAGCAGCCAUGCUCUUAUCUCCUCAACACACACACGCCCAGCUCAGAUGACCGUCAACACUGCGUGGAUGAUGCAACAAAUACUGUCUGAGGACACACACACCAAUGUGCAAAACACGCACACACUUAUAUUUCACUGCAUUGUGAACACACGGUGCUGCAUUCAAGCACAAAAUCACACUCAGGGCUGAAUACACACAAUCAGGUGGUGUGCAGUUUGGUAGAAAAUUAAGAGGAAGAGCAGAACAGAGAAUAUGUGAUGGCACAGGACACCUCAUGACAAGGGGAAUCAAUUACACAGAAGUGAACCGAGCUGAAAUCUGCUCCAAAACAAUAAAUAAUGCACAGCACCCGCAGACAAUGCAGCUCUAACCUCAAAAAGUAGCAGUAUUUCAACCUGCAUGGUCUUCUACUGUACUAAGAGUCCAGACUGUCCCUUUAAGAGUAUGACACAGGAGAAAGUGAAAGCAAGUGAACAGAGAACAGAAAGCAAAGACAAACGCACACUUUUUUUGUGCAGGGCAGGUCCUACCAACAACAAAAUGGCCUCCAACCUCAGCCUCCUGUCUGAAGACCAGCUUCUUUGUUCAAUCUGUCUGGAUUUGUUCACUCAACCAGUGACCACCCCAUGUGGACACAACUUCUGCAUGUCCUGUCUCACCUCUUACUGGAACAGUCAAGCAGUCUGUCAAUGCCCUAUCUGUAAAGAAACAUUUGAAAAUAGGCCCAAUCUCAGGGUCAACACUUUUAUCUCAGAGCUAAUGUCACAGUUCACGUUGCUUCAGGUAACAGAUUCUCAGACCUGCACCCUGGACCAGCCGAAGGUGAACUCUGACGGUGUGGUGCUUUGUGAUGUUUGUACUGAUGACCAGCAAAAGGCUGUUAAAUCCUGCUUUGACUGUCUGACAUCGUACUGCAGUCCCCAUUUAGAGCAUCAUUACAGAGCUGCUGGACUGAAGAGACACACGCUGUGUGAUCCUGUAGUCAAUCUGGAAGACAGGAUUUGCAAGGAGCACCACCAUCUCCUCACAGUGUUUUGCAGUGAUGACCGCAAGUUGUUGUGUGACCUCUGCGUCACACAACAUGCACCACAGCAUGCAGACCACAGUUUGGUUCCUGUGCAGCAAGCAUAUGUUGAGAUGAAGAAUGAGUUGAUGCGCAGGGAUUUUGACAUCCAGAAGAUGAUUGAGGAAAGGCAACAGAGGGUGAAAGCCAUGAAGGAGUCCGUGGAACAAAGCCGAAAGGACAGCAAAGACAUGAUCGCUUACAGCGUGCAGGAGUUGACGGCACUAGUGAGUGAGAUCCAGGAGAACCAGGAGCAGCUGGUGAGAGCGAUUGAGGAGAAGCAGAAAGAAGGUGAAGAAGAAGCAGAAGGUUUGAUCAGCUUUGUCAACCAGGAGGUGAAUGAGCUGCAGAAGACAAUCCUGCAGCUGAGAGAGCUAACGGUGACUCAGGAUCGUUUUACCUUCCUCCAGAAAUUCAAAAGCUCAUCCUUCCCAGUCCUACAAAAAAACUUGCCUAAAACCAGCUUUUACCAACACCUGGAGGUUCGGCACAUGCAGAAAUAUUUGAGCAGGUGCAUGUCUCAGCUGCAAGUGCUUGUGAAUAAAAUGACCAGCGAAAUAAACACCUUUUCUGUGUCCGACAACGUCACACUGAGGUACCUUCAGCAGUAUGAGGUGAACGUUGUGCUGGACCCUAACACAGCAAAUCCACAUUUGAUUUUAUCUAAUGAUAUGAAACAGGUGAGAUACAAUGUAGGUGCAGGUCUGUGGCUAGUCCAGGACUUGAAACCAAACAUGUUCAUCACACAUCUUGCAGUUCUGGGUCACAACGGCUUCAUGUCCCGUAAGUUCUACUUUGAGGUAUUUGUGGGUCAGAAGACCGAAUGGUCCCUGGGUGUGGCCUCUGGUUCGAUUGAGAGGAGAGCUGCAAUCCCUCAGAGUCCUGACAAUGGGCUCUGGGCAAUCUGGUUUAAAAAAGAUAGGUUUGAAACUUUCUGCUGCCCAGGUGUGACAGUUCACUCAGAUACACUGGAGAGAGUGGGCGUGUUUGUAGAUUAUGAUGAAGGUGAAGUAUCAUUCUACGACGUAGAGAAAGCCCAACUCAUCUUCUCCUUCACUGAGUGUUCCUUCUUUGAGGAGCUAUACCCAUACUUCAAUCCUUGUGACAAUGAAUAUGGUGCAAACCUCGAUCCACUGGUCAUUGUUCCAGUCGGCUGUUCACCAGAUUUACAGACAUGAAGGGUUGUUGUUGAGAAAAAGUAAUUAAUUAAUUAAAUAAUAAGUGCACCUUUUUAUCCAGGUUUGGACAAAAUUUUCCAUUAAUUAUUAAAUAUUAUAUAAUAUUAUUAAUUAUUAUUAAUUUUAAGAAAGAGUCCUUUGAAAUAAGUUGUUUUAUGUUCUCUUUUUAUUUAUUAGUUCUUAAUGAAUAACCUUUAAUUAUAAUUUUUUACUCACUUUAGUUCAUGAUUAUUUAAAGAGUAGGCAAGCAAUCCACUUUCAGAAUGAUUCUGGAUGUCGACAGCGAUAUAAUGUUGACUUGAUUUACCACAUACCACCGCCAAAUAAAAGCACACACAUCAGAUGCUAAAAUGACUGCCACGCUUGACUACCCAGAAUAUGCUUAUGUUUUGAUUGUGUAAUCUUAAAGAGCUGCUGACUGCAUCAUCAGUGAGUGUAGCUUCUGACUCAGGCACUUCAGGUUGAUGCGAGUUCAGGUCGCUGACAAACAAAUUACUCCAGCUGCUUCCUGCAGUAGCUUUAAAUCUCAGAUACGUCCUCUAUGGAAUUAAUCCCUGACCCUCUCACUUCCUGCCAACUGCAGAUUUGAAAACGAAAUUUUGUGGUUUACAAAGUCACCAUAUGAAGGAGUAGUGGUUGGCCUCACCACCAAAAAGGUCGGUAAACACACAACAGGUACAACAGUAACCAACCUAAGAUUACUUAAGAUUACUGACUUUAAAUAUCAGAAGAUCAUCAUAGGUCCUCACACAGCAGAGCACGUCUGCUAUUAUUUUCCUCCCACUUCCUUUUUUUAUGUGCAGUCUGUGUAUAGUAGGAGUUUCUGUGUACUGUGCACUACUUGAGGUGUACAACUGAAUUUGCAGCUAUGGUCUUUAUGAAGUCAUUUCAAAGCAGUGCCAGGAAUUUUGUGGACAGUUUGCCUUGCUCUCCUGGAUCUAUAUAUGUUAUAUAUGAGUUUGUGGGUCACAAGGAUAAAUACUUUAGCAUAAGACAUUUAGCACCAUUCUUUCCAAAUGCUAUGUACUACAUUAAGAUGUUACAGUAGAUGCAGCCUGACAACUGGGCUAUAUUUGCAAGCCUUAGCCUUGCAAUACUUAUAUAAAUUAUUAAUAACUCAUUUAUUAAAUUUGAAAACAAUAUUUCUUUUUAAAAAUUGGAUCUCAUAAACUGAAAAUAAGGUAACAUUUGGAUCCCAAGGCUUACACGUUUGAGAACUACUGCCUUAAAAUCACAUCACUGUUUCUACUUGAUUUUAUGAUUUAUUGAUCUGAUUAAUGAUGAUGACGGUUAUUCACUAAACAAAACAUUUAUCUGUAGUAUUAUGCCUUUAAUUGUUGGUAGAAAAAUGUGACUUUAAAAUGAAGAUAAAAUGUAAGUGUAAUUUAUUGUUCA